AGUGAGGUAGGAGGAGAGAAGGAACAGAAGGAGGAGGAAGGGGUGCUUCCUCUUCAGUCUGGGCUGAGCUGCUGAUGUAUCCCAGCAGCCCCGGUCUGUAGCAACAGGAAACCUUGGUAUAUAAAGCCUCAUUGCAGGGGGAACCCUCCUAAGUGUCUCUCAGCCGCAACAUGACCAGGACCGAGAGCCUGAGAGUGUGGACUUAACAAAACAAUGCCCAGCCUAAUCGUCGAACCACUCAACACACAGCACUUCAUCAUGGACAGAGAUGACAGGAAGAGAAACAAGAACAUUGGAAAGAACUUUAUGUGCCGACUCCAGUGCAUGUUCUCACACUCAUCAAGCUCAGAGAGGCUAAGUUUAGAAGAUACCCAACAAUGGUCACAGUCACUGGAAAGGCUUCUCGAGUCUAAAUAUGGACUGGCUACUUUUCGCAACUUUCUCAAAUCUGAAUACAGCGAUGAGAAUAUUGAGUUCUGGCUCACCUGUGAGGAUUACAAGAAGAUCAAGUCUUCAUUCAGAAUGUCCUCAAAAGCCAAGAAGAUUUAUGAGCAGUUCAUCAAAGCAGAAUCUCCUAAAGAGAUCAACAUUGACUAUCACACCCGAGAGCAGAUCAAAAGGAACGUCAAGACUCCCACCAUGCACUGCUUUGACGAUGCUCAGAAGAUAGUUUACGGGCUGAUGGAAAGAGACUCGUAUCCACGGUUCCUCCGCUCGGACAUAUAUAGAACUCUCCUGGAAAACCUCGCCGCUGACGCCACGAAGGGAUGAAGGCGUGCUCUCUGGGGAGAGAGAAAGGACAUAAAAUCCAUAACUGGAAUGUUUGAGCUCCUUCAGGAGGAAGGACUAACAACAAAGAAGGAAGGAGGGUCGACCUGCGCGCCACACGGACACAUACAGAGGCCUCACACCUCGGCGGCAUCACUAGAUCCAGAAGCAAACUGUGCCUUAGUCCCAUCACGGGAGGAUCCCCCCACAGAGCACUUCACACCUGAGGACGAAACAUGACCAGCCUUAAUGAUAAUGACCCUGUAGUGUGUGUUUGCACUGGACGAUAAGUCCAUGUACGUAGGCAAACUGACCACUUUUGACAAUGAAUGAAUCAGUGGGGUAACUGACGCCCGCGCUGACGGUGGAGCUGCGUAAGCAAACCAUGCAGCGGACCCCCUUUGGCCUUCUUUGCAGAGGUGUUUCCUGUGCAGAUAAAGAUAGAGGAUGUAAGAUGCAACGGUCACACUCGAUUUGUUGUGUGUGUGUGUGUGUGUGCGUGCGUCUAGGAGAGAGAGAGAGAGAGAGAGAGAGAGAAUUUAGUUGUAGCUUUUAACUGUCACUGACACAAAAUAAGCUGUGUCGCAAUAAGAGUUGACCAAUUACCACACAUUACAGCACUAAGGAAGCCAACAAAUCCUUAGCAGACACAGGACUCAAUAGUGAUAUGUCAUCCAGACUAAAGGGUUGCAGGAGGCCACUUAGUUCUGGAAGAGGCCUUCUGGGACACUUUUAUUUUUUAAAUUUGAACAAUAUGGGGUUUUAAAAACUGAUACUGAUCAUUUUAGAUUUAAGCUGCCUGUGGAUAAUAUUUUGUGCCUAUAUUCGAUACCUGUAAGAUUGAUCGUUUUAAAACAAAAAGUAAAAGUACUUAUACUUUAGGUACUACUUAGGUAUUUUACUUUCUAGGAUAAAUAUAUAUUUUUUGUGUGGAAUCGGAACCAAAUUCUGCACUAAGAAGUUCCCAUUUACAGCCGGUGACUUCAAAUUUAAUUCCUCAGUAUAUGACUAUCGGCCAUCCUCUUAGUCUAAACCAAAUUCUUACAGCACUGCAGUGUCAAGAGUUGUGAUUUUAUGUAAUAAACUAUUUGAGUGGAAUUACCAUAGAGAUAGAAUGUUUCACCUUGCAUGGUAGGAUGUUAAAACUCCAUGUACCCUGAGAAUAUGCCUUGUUCCUGCUUUCUAAAGCAUGUUGUUUGAAUGUAUUCUUAGGUAUUCUUAGGAGUUAAUUUAACUUAAAAGUUAAACAAUGUAUUAUUUAUUGUUAAUUAUCACCAUUUGUGUACAACGUUUGUUGCAGUGUUGAAGUGCUUGUUAAACUGUUAGUGAUUUGAAUGACAUUAAAUUAUUUAAAUUGCCAACUUGGGACAAACUGAAUUUUUUUAGUAUCACACACACAGACACUAAAGUCUGUAGUUUCUGCUCUCUGGUUUUUCACAGUAGAGCUUUUAGUCCCAUGGUCUUUUAAAGAAGACAGCAACACACUUGCAAUGAAAUAGAUCUUAAAACAUGGCAUUAGAAAAUGAAUGGGAUGUUUGCAUAACGAUUGUCUGUUAUAUGUUUAAAGCAAUACUCCACCGCAUAAGUUUGGAAACAUAAAGGCUGUGCCAAGUUCUGGUGGGCUGAAGACUUAUUUUCAGAGUUAUGGAGAAGCAACUACAGUGCAGUUGUUGGCAAGAUACAACACUCCAUCUUCCUAAGUGACAAAGUAUAUAUACAGUAUAUUUUUUUAUAAAUAGAGCUCCUGGUUGCUCAUAUCAAACAUUUUCAGCAUUGGUUACCAUCAUCAAGAAGGUUCAAUAUGUGAAAGUGAGUUCCGAUCAUUCACACCAAAUAAGAUAAAGAUAAUCCACCCAGUAAAAAAUGAAUCUAACAUUAGCUUGUGGCUUUGAAUUUCAACCUCUAUUUUCAAACUUAAUGUGGAAUUUAAAAUAAAAAUGAUCCUUGUAAUAUUAAAGCUAUUGGAUGCCUGGAGUUUUCUGCUAUCCUUUUUUAUCACUGAAAGGCAUCUGUUGACUUGAAAAUUAAAUGCAUAAGUGAUACAUGACGUUUUGGAAACAGGAAGGGCUGGACUUCCAGUUUCUUAUGAAAUCAGUCAUUGUGAGAAAUGAGAUUUUCUCUGAAAUGCAACCACAUGGCAUAAUGAAACACUGCUCUUGAAAAGACGUAAUGAACAGAUUUGCUUUUGCUAUUAGUUUAUUUUGCUUACAGUCAUUCAAAUGUAACAGAAGGGAGAAAAAAGUCAUGUUAUGGGUUUGGAUAGGGCACAUAACUGUGUGUGUGUGAGUCAGUCUGCGUUUGGGUCAAAAAACAUUGUAAGAAAUCAAUCACACUUGUGAUUAGCCAGAAUUCACAUGGCUCAAAGCUGUAGGAUUGGCACAGGAUGGGAAACCCUCAAUUAGUGAUUUUAUAUUGUUGAUUUUGAACAGUACAGCACAUUGGAGUGGUAUCACAAGCAAGAGGAUGGACAGACUCCAUUUUCUGAUCACUUAUACAAGAACGUAAUGACAUAACUUGUUAAAUAUUGUUUGGUCUCAUUCUGAGUGUCCCUCACAAACUAUACAAAUACACAAACACAG